GCGAAAAAGUGCAUUGGUAAAUACGUUCAGUAGCACCACGAAACAUGUAAAGCUUCUUUCGAGUGAUAGUGAUAGGAAAAAGAUACACGGAAAUAACCGUAACCCUGUAUUAAAUUUAAAUAGUUAUUGCACUGUUUUUGUGUUUAACUGAUUUUUUUGUAAAAUGCCGCCUCAGAAAGGAAAGCAAGCCACUAAAGGCCAGAAGCAAAUUGUUCAAGAAAAUAAAGAAACUUUAAAAUUUUAUGCUACAAUGGCAAUAGCAACAGAGGUUUUAUAUUCAAUUGUCUUAAUUAUCUUCUUUUGGGAGGAGUUUUCCUUUUAUUAUUGGAUGGUCAUAGGUCUAACAGUAGCAGUGUAUGUUGGUAACCUUCAGUUCAUGAACUACAUGGCAAAAGCAGUUUAUUCUGAAUCUGGUGCUUUGCUGGAUGGAGGGGUAGACUUAAACAUGGAAUCAGGAUUAGCAGAGGGUAUUGGAACCAAUAUUAUUUGUGAAUCCUUAAAAAUAUUAAACUUUAAAAAAGAUCAUGAACUAUCAAAUAGAGAUGAAGGUUUGACAUUAUGGUUUGUGAUGAGCAUUUUUGAAUCUCUUUUGGGAGAGGGUACUUGCAUGCCUUGCUCUCCACAGGCUUCGGUUCAGUUUGCCUUAGCUUACCAUCAGGCACCAGGUCGAGCCUUUUAUUUACUCUGGGUCAACAUACUGGGACCCUGGAUUUUUCAGCCACCUCCUGAAGUGGAUGAGAAGAAGCAGAAGAAACUAGAAAGAAAAGCUAAACGGCAUUAGUUGAAAUGCUUUGUAAAUUAUGUCUUGGCAACUUUGCAUAAGCUUGAUGGAUGUUUUGAUCAUUUUUUAUAUAUUUCAUGAGCUUAUGAUAAAAUGACAGACACACAUUAAAUCUUUGCUGUCUCAUGUGUAAAUUUUUUUUUCUUUCCAUGCUUUAACAGCCACAUUUAAAUACAACUUCACAUGCUUUUAGGUGAACUUCAAUUCAUUUCAGAAAACAAUUAUGGAGCAAAAUUAAAUUAGUAUUAUAUUACUUUGGUUUGUAUAUCAGGAAAGGAUUGAGGUUCUAAAUUAUAUCAUUUGUAGUAAAAUAUUUUUAAUAAUAUUUUUCAGAUAUCAGUCACAGAACUCUCUUUUAGUAUUUUUCGAGAUAUUAAGAAAAUCUGGAAGGUUUGAACUUAAAAAGACAUUCAGUGAAUAAGAGACUGCAUUCUGUAAUAAUGAAAAGUAAAUAUAUUCCUGAAUCUUUUUUUUUUCUUGGGAGAAAUAUGACACACCCAACAAAAAUUGCACACAUUGCAGUGGGAACAAAGUUUAAAACAAUAAAUAUUCGUUUUUUGUGUUUUUUCAUAGAAUGUAAAUGGAAUGUUUUAUUGUCAGCACUAUGUUAAAACAAAGCCUGACCUUGCAAAGUUCUAUAUACCUUUUAGUUCUAAUGAAAUAGACAUAGCUAUAGUAUAGCCAGUUUAAAAUUACCACAUACAACAUGCUUGAACUUGUGGAUGUGUAACGUACUAGAUUUUAUUAGUUGUUGAAAUUGCUAAAAUGUAAGUUAUUUUGUGAAGCUACAUGAUUAAUACAGUAUCUCUAAAGUAUGCUAGAACACUGAACUAGAUACUUUUGAUACAAAAAAUAUACUUUCACAUAUUAUUUUUGCUAAAAGUUUCAAAUUGUUUUUCAAGCAUAUUCAAUUUCCCCAUAAGUUUAAAAUGUUAAACAUUUCGGGUUGAUGCAGAACAUGUUUUAAAUAUUUCAAAAAAAAAUGUUUGCUACACAUAUUUACAUAUCCUGUAUAAAAUUAUAGAAACAAUGUAUUUGAUACAUAUACCUUGCAACUUGUAUUGAAUGAUUUUUUAGGGAAUCAUUAUACAGAAUAUAAUAAUACAGUAGAAAAUUAAAAAGUAAUUAUUAAGAUAUUGCCUGAAAUCAAUAUUACUCUAUCUUAUUACUAUUUUAGAAAUUAUACCAAAGUUGAUAGCAAUGAUGAUUGAAGCAAAUUGUAAAAAAAAGAUUUUUCUUUAGCCAUUAUUGUAUCAAAGAAUUUGACAGUAUAUAAUAUUCUGGCAAUUAAAAGCUUGACAUAUAUGAGUAUUUCAAGAGCAGUGGGAAAUGCAAUAGACAAAGGUAAUGUUUUGGUUAUCACAAUUAGCUUGGUAUAUUUAAUAUUUUGAAUAGUAAGUACAAACAUACAUAUUUGUUAUUUUAAUGUAAAUUGGAACAUAUCCUAAGGUUUUUCUGAAAUAUGCCAAACAACUCUAAUUUCUACAUUAGAUUUUGCAUUUCCUUUGAUUUUAUAGCAUUAAAAGUGUUAAAUGAUAAAGCUAUGCCCACCAACUCAACACAGAAAUGACUAAACUGUAGGUAUCAUGACAUAUUUUUUUUUCUUUUCUUUAUAGACAUUUUCUUCUAGUUUGUCUUUCUGGUUUAGAUAUACAUAAUCCUUUUUCAAAGGUUUUUCUGUUCAUUAUCAUAUGUUCUUACAUUUUAUACAUUAAUGAAUCCAGUAUUUAAACAUAUUUGAGGAUUAGUUGUGAAUGCAUUUCAAAUGCCUUCAAGUUCAAAUUUAACUAUGCAAUUUUUUUAUUUAUUGAGUUGUUAUAAUUUAUUUAUAACAUUCUUUUCAUAUUUGAUUGUGUGGCUUACUUUAUUUGUAUAUACUAUGGCACAGGCUUUUAGCCAGACAACCCAUCUACAAAUCUUAGCUGGGCAGAAACUCAAGUGUCUGUACAACAGUCUGGGCAAACGUAUUAAACUAAUUUUAGUACAAACAAAAUAUGUUUUUCUGCAACACAGAAAAUGGAAAAUAUCUUUGUCCUUUACACUUAAUAACUUUUAAGUAUUUAUUUCCUUCUGUUUUUUUCCUCAGGUAUUGUCUACAAGUACCAAAUGCCAAUGUAUUCUUUAACUGAUGGGAUGAGUCAUCAAGGACAUCACAUGUGCUCCUUUAAAGGAGGUUGCUAUAAUAUGAAAGGUGGCAUAGAUAGAAAUGGUGAUGUAUGCUGUGAUGGUAAAUUGUGUUAGCCCAAGGAUGUAACAUCUUUUAUUGACAUGUAAAUGGCUGUCAGUCACAUGGAUAGAGCGCGAGUCUGAAGAGAAGAGAACUUUGUGUAUAUUAUCGUAUUUUCUUUACUUAACAUAGAUUCCUUGACUUAUUAAAGCUUGUCAAGGCACCAUAUAGAUUGCUAGAUAUUGAGUGAUUCUUACAAGGCACAAGAUUCUUUCAAGUAUCUGUGAGCUAGAAGUACCCUAGUGAGAAAGUACUAAAGCACAAAGAAAGUUCUUUCCCUCUCUUUUUCCAGUGGAACAAAAAAAGCACUUGUUCAAGUGCUAAACUUGAUUUUGUUGUUAAUAAAGAUUGAUUGUUUGCAAA